GACUGUUCCGAUGGGGAGUCAGCUGAUCUUGCCUGUAUUAUGUGUCAGUCUCGCUUAAGCCUGUGUAGUUAAGCUGCACUGUUAUUUGCUAUAAUAGAUCCAAAAUUAAACCAGUCAUUGGAAAUAGUGUAACUUUAGCCAUCAGCUGAUGAGGGUAUCUUGAUGGUAAGUAGAUGGGUGGAGGAUGAAGGAGGGUGUUUGAGGCAGGUAGGCUGUACCUUUUUUUUCCGUCUAGUUUUGGAGAAGCACACGGCACACACGUUCACAAACACACACACAUAUAUACAGAGUGGGUGUGUGUGUACAGUGAGCAUCAGAGUGAACAGGCUGCUGUAGGGCGCACGUACACACCGCCAGGCUGCCUCGCGCUCCAUCAGACGGACGCCCAUGAUGAGAGGCUGCUCCAGCCGACCCAAGCUCGCGCAGAACCAGGACCGAGCAGGUAAGACAACCCUUUAACUGAGGCUUUAACAGCCUGUGCGCUUUCCUAUUGAACAAUGUACCCGGAAAAAGAGCUGUCGGGCAGUGAAGGCUGGUCGAGCAGCUCUCCAAGACGUAAACAAGAGUCGAUGUGCCGCCGCUGCUGCUGCUGCUGCCCGUCGCUGUGUUGGCGCUGUCACCGAGACCUUUCCCCUACAUUACAACUACAGGCGCUGAUCUUUGUUUUAUAGAGUUACCAAGCUCCUCUGUUACAGCAACAGCCCUGCUGUCACACAGAGGAUGGGGAGAUAUGCGGAUAUUUCUCUGGAUGAUGAAUUUUAAACAACAACCUAAAGCUCUGUGUGGGCGAUCUUCACGGUAUCUUUAUUAUUGCCAUUGUAAAUAUUUACACACCGGUCGUGGUGAAGCAGGGUAUCUGUUGCAGUGUAGAUUGUCCUCGUUUUGUGUUUGUAUUUCUGGUUGUUGUUGCUCAUACUCGGCUACUGCGAUGCAAUGCAUUUCAUUGAAGUCUUGCACACACAGGCUGUUGAUUUAUAGGCUGAAGCGUCUGUUUGCUCGUGUUUACUGCCGAGCGUAUAUGUACACACUGUACUUGACAAUGCUCUGUCUACUGUAAUAAAGGCUAAAGGCUGCUAGCUGCAAUCAGAGUGGCAGCUUUACAGAGAGAAGGAGGAGCAUUGAUCUGUUUCCUGUUCGUGUGCUGCCUGUGUACUACAGUGUGCAAGAAACCUUAUUUACCCUCUCUGGAAACUAUCACAUACAGUCAAUACACUGCUUCAAUGAAGGGCUGUCUGCUGCAGGCUGCCCAAAGAGUCAGAGCUUUACAGUAUGUGCCACACAGCUUGUUUUAGUUUUCUAAACUAUCAACCUCAAUACAUUAGUAUUGUUCUGCUUGAAAAGCUGAAAGUAGAACCUAGAAUAAGACAGCGUGCCAGUAAUUUUCAGACCUGAUGAAGCUGACAUGUAUUCUGCUUGCAGUCAGGGAAUUUGAGAAAAGGAGAGAAGGAGCUAUUUAAUUAGAAAACCUUCAUUUCACCAUAUGUAGGUCAUAGGCCUGUUAGUCCAGCAAAGACAGAGCAUGCAGCUAUAAAUGUGCAUCAGAUGUAAGUUUAUAAGGAAGGCAUAUAUGAUGAAAAGACGGGCCUUGAUUCAGUAAGUGAAUACAGUGUUUAGAGUAGCCACAGCUGUUCUAUGUAAUCCAAUCUGACACCACUGCAAAGUGUCAUUGUAUAGACUGUACUUGGUCUUCUGUUGUUGAGACUAUGCUAGUGAUAACUGAGAUCAUGAGGGACUUUUUGGAUUAAUAAUGAUUAAUAAUAAUAAUCGUAAACCUUGAAAAAUAUGUGUGUACAUAUACUUUAGGUGGUAAUUUCUGAGACCUUCAUGAUGCCUACAAAAGGCAUUGAGGCAAAGAUAAACAGAAUCUCUAAUUUCUGUAUAUUCUUUGAAUCAAACCUGAAAAUUAUAAGCCUGACAUUUGACUAGACUUGGAUGACACCACACACACACACACACACACACACACACACACACACACACACACACACACACACACACACACACACACACACACACACACACACACACACACACACACACAGAUAAAGAAGAGGAGUAGGCUGCCAUCUUAUGGACAAUGUCUGCUCAUGCAAAAAGUUUCAGCUUCUCUAUGUUCUUAAAAUUAACAGUUUUUUCGAAUGUUCUUCAUAGAGCAGCAAACAAACUACUCUUGAUGAAAUCCCUGGAAGUGGUAAAACUGAUGUGAACUGAAAACUUGCAUUACCAGGAGAUGGGGUACAUGGUAAUAUUUUCACUGAAGGAGAGAUAUUUUGUCAUGAUAUGGCAGCACAGCCAUUGCCUCUUACAAAGUUUGUUUGAGCUCUGUUAAAUGUGCAGGUAUUUAAGAGACCCCGAAUGACCACUAUACCUGUGGUUUUACAGCUCUGUCAUGCCAAGUAUCUUCCAUAAAGGCGGUAUAUUGUUUUAUAGUUUACAGUCAGCAAAAAUGUUGAAAAGAAAGUUUGUCGCAAAAAGAACCAACACUUGGUUAAAACUUUUUUUUGUCUAAAGAAGAGUUACCAGAGUUCCAGCAAAAUUACCCCAUGCUCUUUCCCUUAAUGAGAACCAGCUCAUAUUUUUCAGUGCUCCAGUGAAAACGAAGCCUCAAGAAUAUGACUUUUUCCUACAAUAGAAGGAACCACUUCUUGUAAGACGAUAAUAGCUGUUCCAUUUUGAACUGACUCAUCUCACAAUAGUCUAGUACAGCUCUAAAAAAAGAAAAAGAAAAAAACUGCACAGCGUAUCAACAAAAUGCUAUCCUGUUUUCUAUGAGUGACAAAAACUCUGUGCUUUUUGUAGGUUAACAUCACGUUUUGUAAGCAAAGUCCUGUGAAAUAAUCAAACUUUACCAGGGGUCAGGUCUUUUGCAACUACCGUAUCAAAUCUCUGUGCUACGAUAAGGUCAAACGUUCUACAUUUUUGCAAUGAUAUUCAACACAAGGGGUGAGUGUGCAAUAACUUCACCAAGAUUUGCAACCAAGAUGAUUAGACCUCUGCUCAGGUUAAAAAAAGGACAAGCGAUGGUGGACUGUGUUAGAUCUGAACUUGUGGUGAAUUACAUUUUAGCCUUGCUAUUAUGACUUAAUUUUCUGUCAGGGAUUUUGAAGGGCCAAAUUUUUUUUAAACUACAUUACCUUUAAUCUUAAAACCUGCAUUUUAAGAGGCCACUUUGACCCUAGAUGACUACUUGAUUUUUUUUUUUUUGUCUCCACCAAAAAUCCAGGACAGUGCUUUAAGAGUUUUAUGAUGUCUGUGAUCUGCAAAGUAAUUUUUAACACCUUUGUCUACAGUUAAAGCUGUGCUAAUCCAAAUUUUUGUAUGAACAAUGAAACAAACAACUGUGCCUGUGUGUCAUCAUAACUUUAUAUGAUAAAAGACAUGUAUUUUUAGUAGGUUUCCUCCUUCCUCUCAGCAUAGAUUGAAUGUCAUUUACCAAGACUAUCCAUGUUUUUAAAAUGUGACUGUUUGCACACAACUUGCAAAUGAAGAGGGGUUGGUGGCCAGUGAGAUGUGUUGAUAAAAGCUUCCAAGUUCCUCUGAAGUUAACGGUUGAAACUUUUCUUUCAUGAUGCUGUUUUCUACAGAUAGGCAAAGCAGUUUAAAAUUGCCAGAGAGCUGAACAGGGAGACUGAGAAGAUUAAAUAAUGGUGUCAGAAAUGCAGUGUGAAUUUUAAGUUGAAUUUGCCAUUGAGUUUUAAGUUUUCAAGUUUUUGUGAUUGAAAGGAAUUAGAGCUUGUUUGUUAAGCACUUUUGUGUGGACUAAAUUUCUUGCUUGCAAACAGCCCUGUAGUGUAUCUCAGGAGGCUUUCUCAGACCUCCUUCCAGUGAAGAAAAUAUAAGAAAGUGCCCUCUAUAUGCCCUAUUAAGAAAAUGUUAUAAUGUGACCUCUCAGGUGCACUUCCAGUGGCGCAAUGACAAUGAGCCUUAAUAAACACAAUCAUGAAUAGUGUUUUAAUAAUUAUGUUUUUCCUUAUAGGUUUACACCACAAAUUGUCCCAGAUACUCAAAAACAUUCAUCAGAACAUGAGCAACCAGGUAGGGGAGAGUGGGGUACGAUGAGCAAUUUUUCAUAUUUCGGAUCACUACAUCAAGUCAAUCAUAGUUUUGUCUCUAACUAGUGUAUCUGCAUAUAUAUUUCAAGAUGUUGUGCAUCCCUGCAAACCAACAGAAUGACUGUAAACACAUCUGUCUGGAUAAUAUAGCAUGACAAAAAAAGUGGUCCGCUUUGCUCAACUUACCCUGUGUAUGGGGUAAGUUGACCAUAGGAGCGGGGUAAGUUGAGCCGUAUCCCUACUAACCCCCACUCUCCACCCCAGCCCUCCCUCACCUUCUCUCUCCCUAAAUAACAGUCACUUCUUCACAUUCAUGUGUAUUUUUUAUCUAUUAUACACGAUUCAACUGGUACAAUAAUUCUUUUUAUUAUUAUUGCAUAUAACUGCUAAAAGGCUGUUUUGUAAAAAGUCAUUUUAACAUGAGAAUGUCUUUAAGUGAUUCAGAACAUUCACAGCUGUAUUUUUGAAAAGAAAAAGUAACACAUUUCAACAAUCUGAAGUGAAACUCUGAUCUUCUCAUUAGACUCCUUUACUUUCUCAGUUGAGCCACUGGCUCAACUUACCCCUGAAUUUAUUAGUCCUCUAAGCAAAAAUGGUGGACUCUUAUGUUAGGUUUUGACCUCAUGUUGGAGCUCAUAGAUACCACAAUUGAUGUAUAAAACAAAUUUAAAAUAAUCUUUUUUGGUGCGAACACAAUUCUAAUUAAACUUAUGACAGACUAAAUUCACUUUCAAGAGUGAAUUUUUUUUUUUUUUUUUUUAAUAAAUGUCUAACCCCUUCACCCAUGUACUUCUAACCUUCACAGACUCCAUGAAUUGAUGCCCAUCUCCUUAAUAUUUGGUCACAUGAUCAAUUUCUUUUAUAAUUUUCAAGCAACAAGGAGUGGCUCAACCUAACCUUUGGCUCAACAUACCCCACUCUCCCCUUUACAAAAAAUUUCCUUGGGUAGGACUCCAAAUGCCCCUCUUUGAGACAGUGCCUCAAGUUAAUUAAAUAAACCCUAUGCUGUAAUUAUUGGCUUUGAAAGCUAUUCCAAUCCAACAUGUUACCCAUGUAAAAUUAACCAGCCUACUUUUUUUUCUGACUGGGCGGAACUGAACCUGAGAAACUACCCUGUUUGCAUAGGCUGGAAGAGAUAAAUCACACUGAAAGGUUUUUAAAUUGCUUCAAAAUGCUGCUUGAGGUAUAUCUCAGUUGAUGACAAAUUUUUGUGGUGCUUCAUACACACAGCAGGUGCACCUCAAACAGCCAGAAUAUGCCACUGCUAGAGAGCAUCAAACAGUUGUGCUGAGUAGAAAGGUUUUGUUUUUUAUAUAUGCAUUUCUAUAUCCUGUAUAUCAGGGGUGUCAAACUCAACCACAGCAAAGGCCAUAUUCUGGAUUGAGGUCUAACCUGAGGGCCAAACAGGGUCAACAUCGACCUCCUUUUCAAAAAAUAUGUAAUGAAAACAGCAGUGAUUAUAAAUUAUUUGGAAAUUCAAAAUAAGAUGAAAAGAUACGUUCAAAGGCAAUCUGAGAUAGAACAUUUUAUUUUAUUUUAUUUUUAUUUAUUAGUUCAAAAGAUCAGAGAUAUAUUAAAAAUAUAAAAAUAAUGCUUUUAAAGAGCAAAUACAUGAGGAGAAAGUUGAAAUCAGGUUAAAAAGGUCAACGCAUGACUUAAAUUUAAAAUUUGAAUCUAAAGUAUAAAAAUGACUCAACUCUAAAUACUGACUUGAACAAAAUCAAAGCAUGAAAUAAAAAACCCAAUCAUGUUUGACUUGUAAUCUUGAGAUGAAAAAUUGAAAACAUGGAAUAAAACACCAAAUACUUUCCCCCACAUUCUUGACUAUUUAUCAAAUCUUCCUUACUCUUUUUAUUUCCUAGAUUUUUGUGGUUUAGUAAGGACAUUUUUAAUAAUGGCGCUAAAGUUUACAUUAUUAUACUGAAGGAAAUCUGUAGACCUCAUACUGGUGGGCCAAUAAUAAUACAAAUAUGAUAUGAUCUUGUGGGCCAGAUAUAAUUGUUCCACGGGCCAGAUUUGGUCCCUGGGCCUUGAGUUUGACACCUUUGUUAUAUAUCAUUCUUAAUAUUUAUCUUUCCUAUUCUUGUACAUAGUCUUCAUUGCACUGUUUGCACUGCACUAAAGAAAGAAUUUUAUUCUAUUUCCCCUGUAUAUAUUUUGUACCUAUUUUUUUCUACCUCGUAAUUCUGUUUCUGUUUUUUUUCUUUUUAACUGAUUUGUUGCACUAGAAAUGGAGAAGCUUUCCAAUCUUCAUUGUACUUCAGUAUAACGACAAUAAAGGGCAUUCAGAUUUAUGUUACUUACGGUAAGCAGAAAACACCGUGCGCCCGUACUGCAGUCAUUACGAUCGCCUGUUUGAGUGUGGCCAGACACGGUCACGUGACACCAGCACAGGGACACCGGUGGGGUGCGGAGUUGUCUUCAUCCCCGCAGAGCAGCGCGGAUGAAACACCGGUCACCUUCAGAGCAGCAUCACGGGAAAAGGCCCCGUGUUCCCGUCGCGGCUGCCUCCACCUCACCGCCGGACGGAAUGGAGGACAAAGCGCCGACAAAUCCGCGGGAACUCACGCAAAACCCGCUGAAGAAGAUCUGGAUGCCGUGUAAAAAUGGCCUACCUGAAAAACACAUUUCGCAAAGAAAGGGUGCGUAUGACAACGUGGCGACACUUGUUAGCAUCUAUAUUUAAAGCUAAGCAGCGUAUAUUCUUCAUGCCUUACUCGCGGGGUUUGUUGUUCACGUUCGCGUGCACGCAGCUCGAGCCUCUGUGGAAACGCUAAUCCGUCCCCCCCUGCGUUUUAGCCAUAUUUCUCAAUCAGCUUCUCGUGUCCCUGCUAACGAUGCCACGGUCAAGAGCGCGUGGACCUCGGUUCGCCGGGUUCAGAUGUCUCGCUGUGCCGCAGCAGCAGUAGCAGCCAUCUGGUUCACGCGGUUAUGUAAGGACCCACUGACUGAAUGCUCGCGCAGAUGAAGGCAGCUCGCACCGAGGAGAAAGGACUGGUACUGGGGAUGUUCACGCUAUUGUUACUGUGUGUGCCAAGUCAAGCACCAGCUGUUGGUAAACACGGAUUGUAUCUCUGCGCUCAUGUGACUGAUUUGCUCUGUGGAUGAGUUUUCUGUGGCCUGACCGACCCCUUACAUAAAAAAUCAGGUUUUUAUCCCCCUUUUAAUUUGCUAAAACAUGGACAAAACGGAAUAAAAGAACUCCCAAAGCCCAAUCUCUCUCUCUCUCUCUCUCUCCUCCUGUCAUCUGUCCACUCACUGUAGCUGAGUGUUGAAACUAACUUGGAAGUGUUUCAUAACUCCUCUUUUUUUGCCACUGUCACCUCUGCUCUUGUUGAACUCAUGCCAUAGUGGUAGGACAAGACUUUGUGUUAUUGCCUGUAUCACUGGAUUACACAUAAAGACAAUAUAAUUACACAAUAGAGUUUGACCUGUCAAAGAUAAAGAGACAAAAUCUCAAGAUCUUUACCGCUCUCUUCAUCAUUGUUUUUAUUUCGUUGUGAUGUUCAUGAUUGAUAUAGUGUUGCUUUUUUUCACUGCAGUAUGCAUGACCAACUGUCCCACCCUGAUUGUGACUGUGGGCCUUCCUGCAAGAGGGAAGACGUACAUCUCCAAGAAACUGACCCGCUAUCUAAACUGGAUCGGCGUGCCCACUAGAGGUAUGACCUCUCUGAAAUAUCUUUACAGAAGCUGAUCAAUAUAAGGGUUUAAGGAUAACAAAAUAUGAUACAGUACUCAUGAUAACAGCAUGAUGAUACAGUAUUUGUAUUACGAUAAACAAUGAUGUGAUACAGAUAAUCACAGAGUAAAUGCCACUAGAAGGACUCCACAAGAGAAGCAGUGCAAUGAGUCCAGCAACGACUUUUUUGUUUAAGAAAGCUCACCAAAUUUUUUAUUCUGCUUUUAUUGAAUCGAUCAUAUCUUUUUGUACUAUUUGUUGGUACGGCAACCUGGGGACCAGAGAGAAAAAUGCCCAUGACAGGAUUGUAAAGGUGGCAAAUAAGAUUGCAGGUGUGCAGUUCACUAGCUUGAAUCAUAUUUUUAACAGGGUUCAAGGGUUAAUUUAUUCUGUCUCCCUAAGGAGAAAUUUGUCUUGGACACACGGGUAGGUUCUUAAAAAUUGCGUCCAUUUGGUCUCAUAGUGACCAUCCUCUCAGCUCAGAAUACCAAUCUGUUACCUUCUGGCCAUCGGCUGCGAGUUCCUACAGCCACAAAAAAACAGGUCUAAAAAUUCCUUCAACCCAGGCUCUAUCAGAGCCCUAAAUGAUUCCUGCAGGAGGAGAUAACUGAUACUGAUAUUGGAUGGUAUAUAUUAUUAUUAUUAUUAUUAUCAUUAUCAUUAUUAUUAUCAUUAUCAUUAUCAUUAUCAUUACUAUUAUUAUUAUUAUUAUUAUCAUCAUUUUUAUCAUUAUUAUUAUUUUUAUUAUUAUUUUAUUAUCAUUAUCAUUUUAUUAUUAUUAUUAUUAUUAUUAUUGUUUUUGUACUGUACUGAAUAUAUUGUGGUCUUGCUGUAUGGAGUAGGUUUAUGGUUUCUGCAUUUUAUGCACUCUGCAUGCAAAAAUACUGGUAUGACUGACAUAUGCUUUUUUUUACCUUCUAAAUCGUCUUUAAUGCUUUUUACCUUCUGAAUUGUUUUUUAUAUAAAUGUAUUUUCCUUUAUUUUCUUUUAUGGUGUAUGACAGUGUUUUCAAUGCCUGUGCCUGCUGCAACCAGAUUUGCCCAUUUUGGGACUUAAUAAAAUUGAAGUUAAAUGUCAUACCGGGAGGGAAGUUUCUCUGUUGCCAUAGCAAUUGUUUGUCACACUCCUAGUGUGCCUUGCCUUUUUUGUCUUUAAAUGAUGUUAAUGACCUUUUUUUCUACCUUCCCACAGAGUUUAAUGUUGGCCAGUAUAGGAGGGAGUUUGUAAAGAUCUACAAGUCCUUUGAAUUCUUCCGUCCAGACAACGAGGAGGGUUUAAAGAUCAGAAGGUAAGAGCAUCAUGGAGCCCUGGACUGCCUCAGCAACUGAUCUCACUGCAGUUAUGCUUCACCCAUGUCCGUAUUAUGUUUCCAGGCAGUGUGCAUCAGCGGCGUUGAAUGAUGUGCGACAGUAUCUCACAGAGGAAGGAGGUCAGGUUGCGGUAGGUACAGUGUUGUCUUAGCUUUAUUGUUGAAGGCAGUUCAAACAGUGCACAGUGAUGAGAAGCUUGUUCUGUAUUUAACAGGUGUUUGAUGCAACAAACACCACAAGAGAAAGAAGAGAAACCAUCAUCCAGUUUGCAGAGCAGAACGGCUUUAAGGUAACUUGACUGUGAAGCUGAGGAGCCUUUUCGCAAUAGUGAACCCUCAAACUGAGCUUGAUUCUUUCCUUCUCUGUCUUCCUCCAGGUUUUCUUUGUGGAGUCUGUGUGUGAAGACCCAGAUGUCAUCCAGGAGAAUAUAGUGGUAAGCAACUUGAGUUUAUCGGAUUUGACUGGUCUUGGUCUAGAGAUGUCUGUCCUUAUGGCUCUGAGUCAUCUGCUGUGUCUCUCUCUCUCUUUAGCAAGUGAAGCUGGGCAGCCCUGACUACACAAACUGCAACACAGAGGAGGCGGUGGAGGAUUUCAUGAAGAGGAUCAAGUGUUAUGAAAACUCGUAUGAGACACUGGAUGAAGUCUUGGACAGGUGAGGCAGGGCUUGACACUAACUCUUUUCACAAGGAGCACAUAUGCUCAUAAGUUGAAAAAUUAAGGAGCACACAAAGAACUUUAAGGGCACAAUGAAAAUUGAUCAGGUAAUGUUUGUCUUAUUGAUCGACAUGAGUACUAUUAUUGGAAAUCAAUUUUAGGUCUUUUGGUCUCAUGACAUGGAGGCGAUUGAAGAAAAUGUUCAAAAUUUGCCUUUAAAUUUAUAAGGACAAAUUAGGGAAAUAAAGAGGUGUCUCUUAUUGGUCGACAAAAGUAUUAUUAUUUGAAAUCAAUUUUAGGUCAGUUGGUCACAUGACAUGGAAGCUAUUGAAGGAAAACAGCCUCUUCUGAGAACAUCAACCGGUAAUUUAUUGAUGGUCCCUUAUUCAACCGCCGGCAUUGACAGCGAGGGUGCCGAGUAGAUAAAACUGCGCUGCUGUUGCCAUUACCAGUUACGGAGAUUGAGAAGACACCGGUAGAUCUGCAGUGAAUGUCCAUCGAAUAUCCAACCUAAAACUAACUGUCGAGCUCUGUGAGGUGAAGCUUAGAGAGUGUGUCAGUGGAAAUUACAUAGCUGUAAAAACUACUCCAGUAAAUGAACUUGAGCAAGCACACACUGGUCUUUCCAUGACAAGGAUUUGGACAGUUUACUGUUUCCUGUCAUUUAUUAGCUUGAAUCGGUCUCACACGAGAACGCUGGUUUUGCCGCUGUGACAAAUAAUAUUGAUUGGAAGGAGUCAUGUGGUUCUCUUCAGGGAUCUCUCCUACAUCAAAAUCAUGGACGUGGGUCAGCGCUACUUGGUCAACAGGGUGUUGGACCACAUCCAGAGCCGUAUCGUCUACUACCUCAUGAACAUUCACAUCACACCCCGCUCCAUCUACCUGUGCCGACACGGCGAGAGUGAGCUGAACGUGAAGGGACGAAUCGGAGGAGACUCAGGCCUCACACCAAGAGGCAAAGAGGUAGAACAAACCCCAGCGAUGUCUCUGUGGAGAGUUUUUUUUUUGCUAGAGUGAGAAAAAUUCACUUUCUGGGUAUAAUAGUGGAUGAAAAUUUAACAUGGAAACCACAUAUUGGGUUUAUUCAAAAUAAGGUGUCAAAAUAUAUCUAUUUUAAGAAAAGCAAAAUAUGUUUUAGAUUAUACAUCAAUGAGAAUUUUGUACUGUUCACUUAUUUUGCCAUAUUUUCGUUACUGUGUUGAGGUCUGGAGAAACACUUAUGUUAGCAGCAUAAACCCUUUGUUUCUGUUACAGAAAAGAGCAAUAAGAAUAAUGCACAAUGUAGGUUUUAGGGAGCACACAAAUGAGUUAUUGUUAAAAUCAGGUCUGUUGAAGUUGAAGGAGAUGACUGAAUUAGGGACGUUAUUAGUUUUAUUUAGAGCGAGAAGCGGACUGUUGCCUGCAUAUCUGCAGAGGUUAUUUGGUUCAGUUUCAAAAGAAGAUUAUCAUUGAAGAAAACUAAAUUAUAAACAGCAAAUGACUAGAACAAAUGUAAAACUAAUGUGUAUUUCUGUUGUUGGUGUGAAAAUGUGGAAUUCUUUGACAGCAGAAGAAAAGGACUGCAGAAAACAUUUUUUAGUUGAAGAGAAGAAUACAGAGGCUAUACAAAAGCAUGUUAUGAUGAAAGAGUUUUAUUUACCUAUUUUUUUGGUUUCAUUCAUAUUUAUAUUUUCUUGUUUUGUAUGUACCCUUUCUUAACGUUAUUUAUAUGAUAACUUUUUUUAAAUUUUGAUUCAUUUAUACAGGUGUAUUACACGGUAGUCAUCUGAUGCAAGGAUUAUAAGUUCGCUUCAUUCUGCACCUUUCCAGUCGUUGUAUUGGAAAAAAAUAAAAUGAAAUGAAAAAAAAAAAAACAGCACAUUUUUCUCUCUCACUCUGUAGUUUGCCAAGAAGCUGAGCAACUUCAUCCAGUCACAGGACAUCAGCGACCUAAAGGUGUGGACCAGUCAAAUGAAGAGGACCAUCCAGACUGCUGAGGCUCUCAGCGUGCCCUACGAGCAGUGGAAAGUCCUGAAUGAGAUUGAUGCUGUGAGUACCUGAGUGCUCGGCACAGCUGUUUGCUGACGUGUGUGGUGUUAAUGAAGUCUAAUCUAUGUGUGAUGUAAUUUUAGGGUGAUUGUGAGGAGAUGAUGUACGAGGAGAUCCAGGACAACUAUCCUCUGGAGUUUGCUCUAAGAGACCAGGACAAAUAUCGCUAUCGCUACCCGAAAGGAGAGGUCAGUCCGUUUGGUUAUGUAAAUAUUAAGAGUUUUGAUUCUUUUGUGCAGCGUUUGGAAAUCUUGGGCUUAGAGUCAGCCCUCCUUCACAGAUAAACACUCACACACUGAUACAAACCGACAGAACCAUAAACACAAUUACGCUUCAUCCAGAUGGCUGCAGGCCAAUAAAUCUCCGCUAAUGAGUUUCAACUUGGACGUGCAGCUUUUCAGGACAGAUUUGGCCAAACAUCAGAUUAAAGGGAACGAGGGUGAGCGAGUGUGCCAAAAAUGUGGUUUCAGCUUGUUUACUUUGAGCCUAAAUGCCCUCUGGUGUGUUCUCACCUUAAGUCCAUCCCAUUAACUCUCCAUUAAUCCAACACAGGAGAGAUAGAUGUGAGCAUUAGCAGGCAGGAGGUGCUGCUGAUGGACUUAUAAGAGUUGUGGUGAAAGUAAUGUUAGGUGAGGCGGUCCGGAUUGAUUUUGAUGCUAAUUUGUUUGCCUCCAUUAUUCGCCAUAAUGUGCAAAGAAAAACAGCUUGAGUGUAAGAGGAGGGUAAUGAAUAGAUUCAUGACUCCUGCUUGAGGAAGCUGUUUGAUCUUGAGUUAUCCACUAUCUAUAGAGACACAUGUUCUUUCCAACACUUGUCUGUUUCCAUCCAUCUGAUUCGCCCCUUUGCUCUUUUCUGCCUCAGUCCUAUGAGGACCUGGUGCAGCGGUUAGAACCAGUCAUCAUGGAGUUGGAGCGGCAGGAGAACGUGCUGGUCAUCUGUCACCAGGCCGUCAUGCGCUGCCUGUUGGCUUAUUUCUUGGACAAGACAGCAGGUAAGUCCCAAAACUAAAUAUCAUGCUCAAAUUCAGCGAUUUAGUGGCUACACAGAUAAGAAAGAGCGUUAUUUUACCAGAUGUAGAACCUGUAACAUAGGCAGCGCUUGUGCUUACUAGAAAAGUAUCCUAGUUUGUGAACAAGUUCAGUUUCCUGAGCUUUUGCUUUGAUUUCCUUCUUUCGAACAGAGGAGCUACCAUAUCUGAAGUGCCCACUGCACACUGUGCUGAAGCUAACGCCAGUGGCCUACGGUAGGUCUGGUUUCCUGCUUGCAUUACUUGAAUGUAUUUUUCUCUUUUUCACUUUUCUGCCCCCUUCACUCCUGAAACCAAAUUUGUGUUUGUACGCUCAGGCUGUAAGGUGGAGUCCAUCUGCUUAAAUGUGGAGGCUGUCAACACACACAGAGAAAAGCCAGAGGUGGGUAUGACUACUUGCAGACACAUCCACACACAGGCACACAAACAAACACACACACAUACAUUAGGGCUUCAGCUAACAUUUCUUUUGAUAAUGCACUAAUCAAAUAAAGUCAGGGUUGGAGGGAUAUCAGUUUCUGUUGUCCCUUCUCUCAAUCACUGCAGUUUAGGAAUAGAUCAGUACUCUUUGUAACUCAACAGGAGGUUGCCAAAAAAGAGGAGGGCAGGGUUCUUUACUUGGGAACCUUUCUCAACUUUACAUAGUAGAAACAGAAAUACCUCUGUACCAUAGCAGACCAAGCUGGACCAGACCCUUUGGUGGUGAUUGGUUUUGAUACGUUGCAUGGUUAAUAUUGAGGUAAGACUUUGCUCCUGUCUAGUGGUGGGAGAUUAGAAGGGAAAAGGGAAAGGAAGAAAAAAAAAAUGGCAUUACAGGAGAAAAUGUCAGAGAAUGUAAAACUCACACAGCAAAGCUCUAAUUUAAGUAGUUCAGUGUCACAUUUGAUGUUUUAAAGCGAGAUGUCAGAUGCAUCACUGACGUUCUUCCAACUCCAUCAAGCUGAAGUUGACAGAUGUUGCAGGCAGCCCUUGUCUCUUAUGUGUUGAGAGGAAAACAAUAGUUCUGCAGCACUGUGGUGUUCAAUUAGCUGUUGAUAUGAUCUUGAUCUUCUUUUUACCUGUUGCUCUUUUGUAUCCACCACUUAUCUGUGACAUUAAUCUGCAGUCAAUUUUGCCAUCUUGAUGAAUCACUAACACAAACCACAAUUACAUUCUUCAACUGGAAAUCAUUUUACAAGGUUAGACAAUUCAUGUGCAAGUAUGUUUUGGGUUGUAGCAACAAGCAUAACUUAAAAAAAUGUGGUUAUUUGCUCCAGCAGAUUUGCCAGCUGAUCUUCUUGUGGGCCUUUCUCAAAGUGAAGUAAAAUAAUCAUAAUGAGGUUUCUGUUUUGGAUUACAUGUGAAUGAUAUACAAUCGGAGCAAUACACAAAUCAAGACUAACCUACACACUAUGUAGAUAAACAUGCCUCUGAGAACGUUAUGAUCCACUUUUACAGGAUUUGAUGAUAGCAGCUCUGUAGUCAUAUGAUUAUAUUGGACAGUCAGUGAGCUCAGUCACAGGUUAUCACAGUGAAUACACCGGGUCAGAUGUGAGCAAUAUCCCACAUAAGGCUUUGGACAGAAGUACAGGGCAGAUACAGCCGAGCAGAUGUUCAAAUGAGUCACCUGGAAUAACAGUUCUCCUGUCCAGUGAUUAUGAAAACAAGAUAAGCAAGAUUAAAUUAUGUAAUUAAAUGCCAUUUAAAAACUCUGGGGUAAAUAAAGUUCUUAUUAUGAUCUUAUUUUAUAUUUGUUUGAUGUUUUGUUUUGUUUCAGAAUUGAAUUUUAGUGCGACCCCAUUAUUCUAGAGCAGUGGCUAUUGGUCUUCACUGAAAAGUCUAAACACAUAAAUAUCGUUGAAACCCUAGAUAGUUAACACUUUCACAGGAGGAAAGCCUUUUGUUAUCCACUUUUCUCAGAUUUGAUCUUUUCUGACAGAUAUAUGCAAAAAGUUUAAUAUUUAAUCAGUUGUCACUUAUUAACAAUUCUGCUUGUUUUCACAUAAAUCCUAUCAUUCUUACAGUCUGUCUGAUUUAAUGUGAACGCUGCCACCCUCUCAGCCUGGUUAUCGUUCACCAGACAGAUGAUUAGGACUUUGAUUUUCACUUUAAUUUAUCACUUCAAAUCCAGACUGAUUUAAUCCCACUUACAGAUGAGGUUGCUUUUCCAGAACCUUUAGUUUUUGCAGCUGGUGGGUUUUUAUAGAAAACAUCAAGACAAAUGAAAAAGAUUGCAUCCAGGGGUUCAGUUUUAUUCUUAUCAGGAAGAUUUGAUGUACUAAGAAAGAAAGACCUGAACUAUAUGAAGAAAGAAACUCUGACGCUGAAUCCUCCUCCCUGGGUUGCCCAGUGUGUUUGCAGUGGAUUGUCAUAUCACCCAUGUGUUUGAUACCCUCCCCCUCUUUGUGUUUUUUUCCCCUAUCAAACAGAACGUAGACGUGUCGCGGAUGUCAGAGGAGGCUUUGCUAACAGUGCCAGCACACCAAUGAGGCAGUGCCCCUCACCCCAUCCCCAACCCCAUCCUACACCCCCCCCUCGAAACGCACACUGUUACAAACUCAGCAGCACCUAGUUUGUUUGUUCCAUCGAGUCACUCCUCACUUUGAAUCACACUUCUGUUUCUUUCAAAGAACAUUUCAAGUGAUGAUGGGGAGAAGCGACUGGAAUCCAGUUUAUUAUUUGAAUGAUUAAUACUCCUAUGACACAAAUCUCGUGUCGCACACAUUCUCCCAUUUUUGGGGACUGCAUGAAAAGCAGAAGAAUUUUUAACCCUCGCUGUUAUCUCAACUGUGAAGUGGUGAAAUUGGCACCUUUUUUUGUGUUGAAGAAGUGAUUAAAAGUAGUUUAUUUUCCUCAUUGAACUUGUCUGUUUUAAGAAGUUUAGCUACUUUAAUCAGUGUUUUAUCAGUUUAUAUAUGUCUGUUGGUGGAAAUCGGAACUCUAUGAUUAAGUUUACAGAGCUGAUCAUGAGGCAAGGAUGUGCUAUAUUUAAUAUUUUGCACAUAAAAACCUUUUGUUCAUUUCAUCAUCACAUCUCUAAUUGUGCUGUUUGUCUGGUUUAAAGAUGUCAAAUACUGUCUACCGAACCUGGUGAAAGCUGAAAUACAUAUAUAUUUUUUUUGUUCAUCAUCACUGUGAAGACUCUUGCAGUAUAUUUAUAUCACUCAUCAGAAUCAACAGAAGGAUAUUUAUGUUUCAUGUUUUCUAAAUAAACACUCAACCAUUCAUGUAUCCCUACACUCUUCCUGUGCUUCAUUUUAGCAAAUUGAAUGCAGAAAUCUUUUAACACUCAAAUAUAUCUGAGUCAGGAUCUCAGGUCAUAUGCUUUUACUUUGAGGGGAACUCUUGAGCUGAAGUAGGUGUUGCCUAAUAGUUGGAUAUUUCCCCGUAGAUCAAAGAGAGUUUCAUCUACAUAGAGUCAACUAUUUCCUUCCUCUCCUCCCUGUCUGUAGAUCAGACGUGUUCAUUUCUCUUCCUGCUCACUCUGCUGUGCAAACUGGAGUGAUUUCCCACUCCUUCAUUUAUAUGCAAAAGCUCUGCUGGGGAUGAGUAAGAAAGUGCCGUCAUUCAUCAGUCUGAACAAAAGUCUCACUGUGUGACAAACACAUUUCCCUCUGUCCAGAGGAAGAGACUCAAUGAAAUGUAUGUUUGUGCUUCACAACUUAAACCGCUAAAAAUUUCUUCAAAGGCUUAGUUAUUAAAAUAUUAUGCUAUAUGAAAAUGUUUAUCCAACUUUUGCUCAUGAUGUGAUAGGAAUGAAUAGAAAAAAUUGAGGCUUUGGUGAAGUGCAGCAUCCGCCAACUCUGAAGUGUUCAAAGGGAACUGACGCAUACAGGGCAGCUUCAAGAGGUGAAAGAUCAUCAUUUCAAAAUAUGAACUUUUCCACUCGUGGCAGUUAUCUUGAAAACCGUGUUGCUAUCUGAUUGCAGCAUUCGUCACUCUGACAACCAAGAGUUACCAAAGAAAAGUGACUUUUCGAAGAUGAUGUUUGGUCAUGACCUGGGGUUCAAAGCUCUUGGAUCACACGCAGUAUUUGUUAAGAGUCCCUCUGACUGUGAUGCAUUUGUCUUUGCAGAAUGUGAACAUUCAUCGAACCACUGAAGACGCCUUGCAGACCGUCCCCGCUCACCUCUAACAGCCUCUUAUGACUGGACCUCCUCUUUCACUAUUUUCGAAGGACUCGUUUGUGCGUUCUUCUCCAGCCUGCUCAUCCUCCUCACUAUGGUGACUGUCUGGGUGAUGUGCCUCCUUCUCCUCUUCCUCCUGCACUACUCCUGCCACACUUCGCCUUGUGUUCCUCAUUUGGAAGAAACUAGAAGGAAACAACCCGCAGACUUGUUCUGUUGGGGGUUUUUAGAGAUGACCCACGCUGCUGGCUCACUUUAUUUAUCAAUCAGACUGUUGUCUUGCACUGGGGGGAUCACAACACCUGAUUCAUGUGUAUUUGUUUCUAUAUUCACUAUGGUGUGUUAUUUUUGCAACAGUGAACCUAGCACUGAAGCUCGCUGUAAAAUUCAAGUAUUAGCCAUGUAGUGUCAUCAGAUGAUCAUGUGACUUUCUGCUACAUGUGUGACAUCGUAGUGUAUCGUGUGAUCAUUGCUUCAUGUGAAGGUGUCUCCUGUGAUUAUGUGCAAUAUGAAGUUUAUCUCCUUGGAAAAAAGAUAAUUUAAAGCUUACUAUUUAAAUAAUGAGGGGGGUUUAUGAAGUAAUGAACAAGCAUCUCGUUAAAAAGUUUCUAAUUUAGAGGGGAAGGUCGUUCAAAGAUUUAUACUUAAUGGUAAACAAAAAAAUCAAGUACAUUAAAACUAAAUGUUGAUCCUUCACACGGAUGUUGAGUGAAAAAGAAACACGUCUUAAACACUUUUUGUAGAGAGCAUAUCUAAACACAGAGGAUCGGAAACUUCAAUGUGAAACGAUAGCUCAGAGCUGAACUGUAUGUCCUUUCACUUCAACUGUAAUAAAGAUGUGUUAUUUUUAUAAACCAAA